AUGACUGCGUUUGAAGAGUUGGGUGUAAUUCCUGAGCUUGGUGAUGCCGUAUCUGAUAUGGGAUGGGAACUCCCAACACCAAUUCAAUGCGACGCCAUCCCAGCCAUUCUUGGAGGAGGUGACGUCCUUAUUGCUGCUGAAACGGGUAGCGGUAAAACUGGAGCGUUCUCGUUGCCUGUUGUACAAAUUGUAUGGGAAAGACGUAAAGAUGUAAUGAAUACUCAGUCUGGAGGGAAAUCAUCUGUCAGUUGGCGGUUAAAUCUAGCAGAUCGAGCCAUGGGGCUCGCUCUUUCGCAAGAUGGAUUGUCUUGUGAAAGUCGUGUACCAAAAGCUUGGUAUGGCGCAAGAUGUAUGGGCGGUGUACAUACUAAAGGGAAAUACUAUUACGAGGCAAAGAUCACUCGUGAUGGGUUGUGUCGCAUUGGCUGGUCAACACUUCGUGCCUCACUGGAUCUAGGAGCUGAGGACGAAAGUUUUGGAUUUGGAGGAACUGGAAUGAAAAGUACUCAGAGAAAAUUCGAGAAAUAUGGAGAGUCUUUCACAACUGGGGACGUCAUGGGAUGCUAUCUAGAUCUGGACAAUGGGAGAAUUUGGUGGUCCAAAAACGGGAAGGAGUUUGAGAUAGCUUUCCGACUAGAUGCGAAGUUCUCCAGUCCACACGCUGCGUUACAUCCAGCAGUUCUGGUUCAGAAUUCUUCGCUGGAGCUGAAUUUCGGAGACACACCGUUUGCGUUUCCGCCAAAAGAUGGAUUCAUCGCUGUGUCAAAAACGCCAUCAUCGUUGACUGAAUGGCGUGGUUUGGAAAUAGAAAACGAUGUAAAAGAAUCAAAUGCUGCACCAGUUUGUAUAGUACUUGAACCGACCAAGGAGUUAAUCGAGCAAACUCAUGAGAAUCUAAUUAAGUUCUCGAAGAAUGUUAGUGAUCCAAAAAUCAAAUGUAUAUCCUUGGCAGCUGGCGCGAAUAUGUCGCAGUUGCUGCAUGAACUUGAUCGAGGUGUUGAUAUUGUCACAGGUGGAGUCGGUCGUGUUUUGGAUAUGAUAGAAACGCAUAAACUAUCAAUGAGUGGUCUCAACUUCAUUGUUAUUGACGAGGCGGAUCAAAUCCUAUCGUCCUUCAAACAACAACUUGAAAGGCUCCUUGCCAAGGUUCCAACGGUAUCAUCAAAUGGCAUGCGUCUCCAAGUAAUUGCUUGUUCAGCAACUUUGCAUAAUAUGCAGAUUACGCAGUUCGCCGACAAGUACAUGAAUUUUCCACAGUGGAUUGAUCUCAAAGGUAUGGACAGCGUGGCAGAAACUGUACAUCAUGUCGUUUGUAUGGUUGAUGCUAUUAGCGACAAGCAAUGGAUCAGAAUUAUGCAUAGUCCGAACCAUUUGCAGCACGAUCUAGUCCAUGAGCGCGAUAAUAUCCGCCUCAACACCACUGACAAGAAUACAGUUUCUUUAGGAACGAAAAUCCUCAAAGGAUGUUAUGUGCUUAAAGCCAUUGAAGCUUUGAAAAUGGAACAGUGCAUCGUAUUUUGUCGUACAAAACAACAAUGUGACGAUAUGGAGGCAUAUCUGCUUAAAAAUAAUUACGGAGCCGUUUGCCUGCAUGGAGACAGAUCACCGAAGGAAAGGUCACAAGCAUUAGCAGAUUUCAAGGCAAAGAAAAAACCGUUCCUGGUUUGUACCGAUGUUGCCGCUCGUGGUAUUGAUAUUGGCGGAGUUCCAUUUUUGAUUAAUGUGACGUUGCCUGAUGAACCUGCUCAAUAUGUACAUCGCAUUGGACGUGUAGGAAGAGCGGAGAGAAUGGGUUUAUCCAUUUCGCUCGUUUCUACACAAGAAGAGAAGGUGUGGUAUCACAAAUGUGGCAAUCCACGAUGUAGAAAUACGAGAGAUUUGUCGGAAGGUGGUUGUACCAUAUGGUACAACGAACCAAAACUUCUAGCCGAUAUAGAAGAGCAUUUGGGGCAAACUAUUGCCAUAGUAGAUCAAGCAUUCCAAAUUCCUGUCGAUGAAUUUGAUGGAAAAAUUGUCUAUGGAGCAAAGCGAGCGAACGUGACCACAUUCGAAGGUCAUGCCCCACAACUUGCUGUUUCCGUUGCUCAGCUAGCUGACCUCGAACGAGCGCUACAGUCGAGCUAUCUGGCGUCAGUUGGAGAUAAAUUUCGUAAAAUCGUUGUGCAAUAA